CUCUGCGGGGUAUCUCAAGAUGGAUAUAGAUUUGUUGAUUCACGAGAGUAUAAAUAUCGCAUCAUUUGAAGUUGGAAGCUGCACGGGAAGGUUCUGGGAUGUCUGCGUCAAAUCCUGUGCCUCGAAUUUACCGUGCUGUAAUUGAUGAUGUCAUCAAAAAUGUAAAGGAAUCUUUUUUAAAUGAAGGUGUUGAUGAACAGGUUUUAACAGAGCUAAAACAGUUAUGGGAAAGCAAGCUUCUUCAAUCACGAGCUAUUGAUUUUAUGCCAUCAGAUGUUAAUGUUCGAGUUAGUUUGACAUAUCCUCAUUCUAUUUCACAGAUAGCAGGAAUUAAUCAACAAGCUGGUUCCUCGGCAUUACCUCAAAGAAGGGAUUCACCAGAACUAAGUUCGUCUUCGCGAAUAAUGCAAUCUCAGACAGGAGGACCUUUUCUUUAUGUUAGCAAUCACCCAACUCUUGGAAAUGUUGGGCCAAUGUCUGAUGCUGCUGCUCAAGCAUCUUUAGCUUUACAAAAUGCGCAAUCUAGAAGUGGCCUUGCGUCUCAGCAGAAUCCUAGUAUUCAACAAGCUCAGCAAGUUCUUCACAUGCAGCAAAGUAAUCAAAUUGGACAGCACUCAACAAUGUUUCCAGUGUUUGGUACUAAUACUAGAAUUAUAUCUGGUGGUCCUCGAGUAAUUUAUACACCUCAACAAUCACAACAGCAGCAACAUCAAGUUUCAAAUCAAAAGCAACAUGUUAUUCAAGUUGAUGGCCAAAAUGAUGAGAUCAAUAUAUCAAGAUGUUCAGAUUCUUUAAGUGCACUAACUAGUAUUAAAAAAAAUAAGUUAAAAAAAAAGUCACCUUUUGUUGAUGUUGUAUUACAACUUGAUGGAACAAAUGACUCGAGCUCUGAAGAAGAAAUAGAUGAAGAUGAUGACGAUGAUGAUGACGAUGAUGAAGAUUUUGAUAAUUAUCCGAUUGCACCUGUUGCAGGUGGUAACUCAAAUGGAGAUAUAGAAUCUAAAGAUGAAGAAGAAGAAGAGCCAUUGAAUUCAGAAGAUGAUGUAUCUGAUGAAGACCCGACUGAUUUAUUUGACACAGAAAAUGUAGUUGUUUGUCAAUAUGACAAGAUUGCAAGAACACGUAAUAGAUGGAAAUUUCACCUAAAAGAUGGAAUUAUGAAUUUGCGCAAUAAGGACUUUGUUUUUCAUAAAGCAAAUGGUGACUCAGAAUGGUAGUGUCUAGUUCGUUCUAUUUUUUGAUGGAGUUAAAAAAUGAUAAAUUGAAGCUAGAUCUUUCAUUACAGUUUAUUUAUAGAGUUGAUGAAUUUCAUGUUGAACCAUGUUUUUCUGCUUAUAUUUUAAAGUUGAUGACUUUAUCACAUAGACAUAACUUAACUUGUAUAAAAAAAAUUCAUAUAUUCAGUUAUAUAUAUUUAAUAUAAUAUAUGUAGUUAUACAUUUUAUAUAUAAUCUUCGAAUUUAUCUAUGCACGUUCAACGAUCAAAUAAACUGACUAAUUUUUGUAUUGGCUGAUAGAAUUUU